AUGUGCAAGGCCCAUGUGCUACGGUUUUGUUGUGGACAUGGUAUUCUGAUGGGCUUCGAGAUAUGCAAUUUGGGGCCAUGCCCCCUCCUCAAGACGACGGGAGUGAAGCUCCCCCAGCAACCCUACAAAUGCUACAACUGUCAGAACAGGCUGUCGGGCUCGAACCUUCGGCCUAUAUCGUCACGAGGAUGCUCCUCUUCGUCGACUGGAAGUUUAGAUUCCAAUUCAUCGGGCUCCUCUAUCACGCCGCCGUCCUCUCCGAUAUCUCGAGUGCCCUCCAAGGUCGCCGCCCCUCUACCAGGCGUGGCUCGACAGCCUGCAGAAUGUGGGGAGUUGGGACGCAGAUUUAGUCGAUCAACAUCAUUCUCUUCCAAGGGAUUCCGUUUUUCGUGUACUUCGUCUUCGCACUACCCGACGCCCCAUUACAUGGGCUUGCCGACGUAUCUACCUCACCAGGAUCACCCUUGUCCGCCUUGUCAAUUGGAAGAUUUCCGCAUGAAGGCAGACAGGGACGCCAUUGCAUCGGCACGGGCACAAUAUCCUCACCUCACAUGCGAGAUGCUGGUAAGAGAUGGGCGAAGGUGGGAAGAGUGGCAGACUAAGCCGAGUUUGGAGAAGUUUGUCGAAGAGAAGCGGUCAGACGAGAAGCAAAUGUGGCUGCACGUCACGAGGAAGUGGACUCAGGAUUUGAAGAAGGUGCGGGUCCUUGUAGCGGAGGAAGAUGGAUUGGGCUUGCUGGGAUGA